CAGAUUUUCAACACGGUUUCAUCUAACGAGACACGUUUGAUACUAAAUCAUGCCACUCGUUAUGAACGGGAUAUGAUUUCGCGUGAUUUACUAAAAGUAGAAAAGACGAAAAGAGACGCGUUGUCACGUGUGACGCGGCGGUGACGUCGCGGAGGGGGAGUUGUUGUUGUCGUUGCUCGACUCUUGCAGCAGUGGAGCAGCAGCCGGUGAAACCAGAGUCUCUGGUGCCGGAGUAACGACAACAAUGUGCCGAUGAGUCUCUCGUGUAGCCGAGGCUGUAGUUGAUGAAGGAAUGGAGGUGCUGGACAGUCCUCUCAAUCUCGCCCAUCAACAGUGCAGGAAAGCAGAGCGCUUGCUGGCUGCUGGGAAAUUUGAAGAUGCCAUCUCCUGCCACAGAAAAGCUGCAGAACUUCUCAAGGAGGCCAUGAAGCUCACCGAGUGUGAACGGGCUCGCAUGUCACUGGAGCUUCAGAGGGACAGUCACGUCAAGCAGCAGAGGCUGAUUGAGGAGCAAUGGAAGCAAGCAAAGCGAGAGGACAAGCCCAGAACACUCCAGCAUGUCCCCGCCUCGGACCAAACGCCACGCCGCCACCUAGAGCCGGGCGGAACCGCCACGGACGUCUCCCAACCCUCUGAACGCGAGUAUGACACCUGGUUGUACCUCCUGAAGAACAAAGGCACUGUCCCAGAGCCCUGCGCAGGCAGUAAAGCCCAGAAAGAUGACAAAACCCGUCUGGAAGAGCAGCAGACCACCAUCGACGACCUACGCAACCUGGUGGACCGACUGGUGUCCGAAAACGAGCAGCUGAAACGGGAGAACGAGCAGCUGCGGGCGGAGAACGUACGGCUGAAGAAGGAACCCUACGCUGAUGCCGACUUCGUGGAGCGGUCGGAGCUGUGGGUGCUUCCACAGACUGCCGAGGAGCGCAAGGCCAAGGACAUUCCCAUCCCACAGCUCCCUCCGCUGGAGAUGCCCACUCAGGAGAUCCCUCUGGAAGACCUGCCCGGCCUAGAGCUUCCUGAGGACAUCCUGCAGGAGCUGUUGGACGGGAAGAAGCUGUGACCGCUCACACACCAAAGGGAGACUUCGAGCGCCAUCGCGUGCCAGCGAACACACCGAGGAAGCACAUUCACGGUGAAGCAGCCCAGCGGCGGAAAUGACGGUUCACACGACCGUCCUACUCGACUUCUCAGUGGUGCCCUGUAGCGAUUGGAUACACAAAGAAAGAAAACAACGCUUGUUGAAGUAUGUGUGCCUUUUUGAACAUUUCUAACGUGUUUUUUGUUAUGAAGUACGAGUGAAAAGGGACAUUCCAUUGAACACUCAGACGUUUUAUCAGCAGGUGAAUUUGCCUCUUGCAAAAUCCCACUUUGAAAUCGAAAACUAUUUCCUACACGGACACUGUGAACUACAAUCAUAACGUGUGAGUGUGUGAGGGUUUUGUGCAGUAUCUGUUGAUCAGCGCCAUCCAUGUUGAUGUUGUGCUUAUGCCGUUUCAGUCGUCUAUCAACAGUGCAGAUUUAGGGCAUAGAGGAAGCCAAGAGGCAUCAAUGCAAUUAGUUAUGCAUUCUGUUUCCAUACACUGAUAACCAGCUUGCAGCACUUGUUUUGCCUUAUUGCAAUUAGUACAAAGCCCAGGCAUGAUGUCAUCUCUGGACGAUUUGUAGCAGCAGCCUGUAAAACGAAAACAGCUGUGGUUUAUUUUGAGGCUGAACAUGAGUGUGAGUCUAUUGCAUUCGGAACGAUAAGCAAUAAUCAUGUCAAGUGCUACAGAAUCACUCAUUCAUUUAGUUGUUUCUCAUCUCCGCUGACUUCUCUGAAUUCCUGCUCCGCUGUGUCAGUCUUCAGACGCAAUGCCAACAGCAUAGGAAUGGACAUGUCCUGAAAGCUUCGCUCUUUGGACCUGUGUGAAGUCUGAAUGAACUGAGGAUGUUGUUUGUUGUUUUGAAGCUUCGUUUGUACUGUACUCCUCAAUCAAGGAUUGUCUGGAUCACGGUGUUAAUAUUUUCAGGUAACUGAUUGCACAAUCAUACCUUGCUCUAACAAUAAACCAGGUCCUCACACUAAUCAAAAGCUUACCAACAUGUGCCAGACGCGCCUGGGAAGAGAUGAAUUUAUGGCUUAUAUUUGUGUCAUGAAGAGGGAACCAAAUCCACAUUUUGCUCUUUUUAUUUUGUUUUUAGUUCAAUGUUUAAUUACUGGUUUACCACAGUAAUCAGGGUACAUCAGAUUGGUUUUUUAUUUUUAAUUUUGUUUUGUGAUGUUAAAAAAACCAAUGAAAAUCAUGAUGAAAAUGUUUUGAUGCAUGAAUGGCUGUUCUACGGUAGCUGUACGUAUAUAUGAUUAAGAUAUUGAAAACAAUAAUUUAUGUAUAAUUAUUUUGUGAGUUUACUUAUUCUGACAAGCAUUAAAGAUUUUAACAAGUGGCAGCAUAAA